UCGCCUUUGAGAAUUAUGUAGGAUACUCCUCAGGAGCUCGCGUUCUACCUAUGGAACGCUGGCAAUAGAUGUAUCGCGCGCCCCCAGCCCCGGAGCGCUGCAGACGCGGCGGGCCCUAGGCUGCAUUCCCAGGAGUCUGCGCUACGGGCUGCUUGUCCCCGCGGCUGCUUCUGGGCUUCGAUCAGCUCUGCUGCUCCGGCUGCCGCGGCAGGUGGUUACCCAAGCGGCUCGCCCUGUGGGCUGCCUGGUUGCAGAAGCAGCAGGAAAUUCUGCGACGGUGCAACCUCCUCGUCAGUCUGGGAUCUUGGCUGGGGCCGUUGGGCUGGCUUAUAAUUUGCUUCCAUUGGCUGCUGUGCAUGGGCCUGUCUGGGUCCUGCAAGCCCUUGUUUUCUUAGUGGUGAGAGGAGGGGAGCAUGGCAGCCUCUGCAUCAGAAAAAAGCAACAAGAAGAAAACAGAGAAGAAACUUGCCGCCCGAGAAGAAGCUAAGCUGCUGGCGAGCUUUAUGGGAGUCAUGAAUACCAUGCGAAAACAGAAAACUCUCUGUGAUGUCAUUCUCAUGGUCCAGGAAAGGAAGAUCCCAGCUCAUCGUGUUGUGCUUGCUUCAGCCAGUCACUUUUUUAACUUGAUGUUUACUACAAAUAUGCUUGAAUCAAAGUCCUUUGAAGUGGAGCUAAAAGAUGCAGAGCCUGACAUUAUUGAACAGCUUGUGGAGUUUGCUUAUACGGCAAGAAUUUCCGUUAAUAGCAAUAACGUCCAGUCUUUACUAGAUGCAGCAAACCAAUAUCAAAUAGAACCUGUGAAAAAAAUGUGUGUGGAUUUUUUGAAAGAGCAGGUGGAUGCUUCAAACUGUCUUGGUAUAAGUGUAUUAGCAGAAUGCCUAGACUGUCCAGAACUGAAGGCCACUGCAGAUGACUUUAUCCAUCAGCACUUCACUGAAGUUUACAAGACAGAUGAGUUUCUACAGCUUGAUGUUAAACGUGUGACACAUCUCCUGAACCAGGACACACUGACUGUAAGGGCAGAAGAUCAGGUUUAUGAUGCAGCAGUCAGGUGGCUGAAGUAUGAUGAGCCUAACCGCCAGCCGUACAUGGUUGAUAUCCUUGCUAAAGUCAGGUUUCCUCUUAUAUCGAAGAACUUCUUAAGUAAAACAGUACAAGCUGAGCCACUUAUUCAGGAUAACCCUGAAUGUCUUAAAAUGGUGAUCAGUGGAAUGCGGUAUCAUUUGCUGUCUCCAGAGGACAGAGAAGAGCUAGUAGAGGGCACGCGGCCGAGAAGGAAAAAACAUGAUUACCGCAUUGCCUUGUUUGGGGGAUCACAGCCACAGUCUUGCAGAUACUUUAAUCCAAAGGAUUACAGCUGGACAGACAUCCGCUGUCCCUUUGAAAAGCGCAGAGAUGCAGCUUGUGUCUUCUGGGACAAUGUAGUUUAUAUUUUGGGAGGCUCCCAACUUUUCCCCAUAAAGCGAAUGGACUGCUACAAUGUGGUGAAGGAUAGCUGGUAUUCCAAACUGGGACCUCCAACGCCUCGAGAUAGCCUUGCAGCUUGUGCUGCGGAGGGCAAAAUUUAUACAUCUGGUGGUUCAGAAGUGGGAAACUCUGCUCUGUAUUUGUUUGAAUGCUAUGAUACACGAACAGAAAGCUGGCACACCAAGCCUAGCAUGCUGACUCAGCGGUGCAGUCAUGGGAUGGUGGAGGCAAAUGGCCUGAUUUAUGUAUGUGGAGGAAGCUUGGGAAACAAUGUUUCUGGAAGAGUCCUGAAUUCCUGUGAAGUUUAUGAUCCGGCAACAGAAACGUGGACUGAGCUGUGUCCAAUGAUAGAAGCCAGGAAGAAUCAUGGGCUGGUGUUCGUAAACGACAAAAUAUUUGCUGUGGGUGGACAAAAUGGCUUAGGUGGCCUAGACAACGUGGAAUAUUAUGAUAUUAAGAUGAAUGAAUGGAAGAUGGUAUCACCAAUGCCAUGGAAGGGUGUGACAGUGAAGUGUGCUGCUGUGGGCUCUAUAGUCUAUGUCCUGGCUGGCUUUCAGGGUGUGGGCCGAUUAGGGCACAUCCUUGAGUAUAAUACUGAAACAGACAAGUGGAUAGCAAACUCCAAAGUCCGUGCUUUCCCAGUGACGAGUUGUUUAAUCUGUGUUGUUGAUACUUGUGGAGCAAAUGAAGAAACGCUAGAGACAUGAAGGCCUCAAGGAGAAGUCAGGACAUUCUUCAGAGACUUGGAAAAGAUGGCCAUCGGUGCUUUGCUUUUGGAUUUUAUUGAUUCUUGUUAAACUGAAUAAUCUUGAAAAACUGAGAUGUAGCCCUCACAUUUGUAUAUACAGUAUGUGCCCAUUUAAUUUUUACCCUUUGUUCUAAAAGAUGGGAUGUAUUUCAAGAUUCCAGUAUCCUAGCUCAGAACACGACACGUUUUCUUGAACAAA